AUGCGAGCCUCUUCGGUUGCCGUUGUCUCGAUCGCUUGCCUCUCUAUUGGCAUCGCAGCGGCCGAGGAUGCAGCACCUCAGUGCGCCGUCGACUGUGCUUCAAGCAUCAGAAACGCAAACGGAUCUCUCAACCUUAAGACCAUUUGUGCAGACAAGCUCCGGACCAAUUCUCUCUUCCAAUGCCUCAUCAGCUCAUGCCCCCAAGAUACCUACGGUCCGGCCGUAUCCCACGUUGUCCUGGCAUGUUCCAACCUGGGCUUGGGCAUUGGACCAUUGUUUCCCGUUGAAGUCCAGCACAUUGACCUGGAGAAGCCUCCAUAUCAUCCUACCCCGUCACUGCCUGCUGCAUACAGCACGCCAAGUGAUGACACCUCUCUGAAAAACACUGAGCAUUUGACUCUCUCCUUUGACAUCUCCCUGGACCUGAAAUGCAACUCUGGGUCUGAUGGUCUCGUCACCGUAUCACUUCCCCCGCCUACCUCGUCUCCAUCUCUCUCUUCCUCUUCAUCUCCUGCUUCAUCUCCCCCUGAUACUCCGUCUCCUACUCCGCCAUCGCCAUCGCCACCAACCCCUGAUCCUGAGAAUGGAGAAGGUGAAGGAGAAGGCGACGGUAGCAAUGGCAGCGCCAACGGCAAUGAGAAACCCACUAUUUCAUCUUCUCCCGCUGAGCAGACACCGACCACGCCGGAGCCUGCUGAUCCAAAUGCUACAUCAUCAUGUCCUCCUGACUCAACACCAUCAGACGUUCAAGCUCCUGGCGAUGAACACACUGGUGAUGAGCACGCUCCUCCACAAUCAACAGAAUUUGGAGAGCAUGGCGAUCCUGCAGCAACCUCUACGCCUUCGGCAACACCUCUGAACGGAGGCGACCCGAACUCUCCGUCUGCUGACCCAAGUGCUACAUCUUCAUGUCCGCCUGGCUCGAUUCCAUCAAACAUCCAGGCUGCUGGUGAUGACCACGCUCCUGGUGAUGCUCAGGCUCCUGGCGAUGAGCACACUGGCGAUGAGCACGCUCCUCCACAAUCAACAGAACUUGGGGAGCAUGGAAAUCCUGCGCCUUCACCAACACCUCCAAAUGGAGAUGACCCAAGCUCUCCGUCGUCUGAAACCCCAUGCUCCACCGCUUCCGGUGAUGCUGGAGGCUCUGAUCCCGAAGACACUGAAGAUCACAGCCAACCUCUUCCAUCUCCCAGCCCUACUCAGGAGGCUUCCGGUCAACCAAACGAUGAUGACAAACCUGAUGUCUCGGCUACCUCCGAUGUUGAUGGCAUACCUGCACCUGCACCCGUGCCUGCAACCCCAACGCCAGCUCCCGCAUCAAGCCCUUGCUCAACCACAUACGUUGCUGAUGUGUCAGUCGAUCCAAUCCUAGGAUCCCAAGUACCUCAGCCUACGGGACCUACACAUGCUGCUCAGGCAUCGUCUCCGUCUUGCUCAACUUCCCCAACACCCACCAGUUUGAUGGAGCCAGAGCCUCUAUCCACCAUUCACCAUAAGCCCUUGCCUCUGCCCUCACCUUCACCUCCGUCAUACCAAACUGGCGAGGCAUCGGGUGAUGAUUUAAAUGAUGAUUCGGGUAGUGCUCCUCCAAAGUAUGCAUCAUCGGGAGGAAGUGGGCAGUCUCCAGCCGGCGAAACUUCCGGCUCUGAAGCCAGCCUGCCCGAAUCAAAUACAGAGCCACCUCCACAGGAAAAUCAGGGAACAAAGGUAGACGACCCAUCAUCAUACGGGCAAGAGAGUCAGAUAGCACCGGUACCAGUGCCAGUACCGGUUAGCCAGGCAAACGAUCUAGCUGUACAAGAUGCAGAUGGGAAACCCACUGGCAAACCCACUGGCAAGACGACUGAGCCUUCUGAGAUAACCCUCUGGCCAACUGCCACAAGCAACCACACUUCAUGUACGACUGGUCCAGCGAAAGAGAAUGGAUCACCGACCACCUCAUGCAAAAUUGAUGGCAAGCGGACCACAGUACAUCCUCCAAGGACAAUACCUUUUAAUAUGGUGAAAGACGCGUUGCCCAUUGGUGAUAAUCAACAAAAUGAGCCACUGGGUUCUGCCAUGAUCAAAAUCAUUCGCCCUGGUGGUCAGAGCGCGGAAACGAUACUCACAACUCUCUGGGAAAAUGCUCCGCCCGCUGUCACACUGUCUAGGAUCCUCACGGAGGGCUUGGUGAGCAAAGAGAGCGGUCAUGCUUCCGCCACUCAAUCGAGUGCUGGCAGCAACUCGACAGCGAAGUCUACGGCCAAUGCAGGACAUCACCACGUCGGAUCAAGCACCUCUGUGACACAUACAGGGCUUACCACUUCGAGGCCCAAGCCAGACCACUCCUCUAUGCAACCCAAUAGUACAGAAAUGGAGCCAUCGCCCCCUAGAGUCGCACUCGUCAGCAGUGAUUCAAAGCUGACACCGUACCUUUGUGUGAUGACUUUGCUCGUCGCUCUCACCAGCUAG